AUGUCGAAGAUUGUGACGUCGGCAGGAGAUGCCGCUGCUUACAUGGAGCUGGUCGAUCGCAGCAACGAAUGCACCAAGCUGAUCAAGGUGGGGAAGCUGAAGGAGGCUGAGAAGCUGCUACGUAACGUAUUGGCGCGCAAGCCCGCGGCGGGUUUUGACGAGGUGUCGGUGGCUCUGACGCAGAACGAGUUGGGUGGUGUUCUGCGGCAACUGGGCGAGAUGGACGAAGCACUUGAGCUUCUCACCAAGGCGCUCGAGGUACGCGACCGAGCGGAUGAGGAAGCGGACAUUAUUACUGCUCUGCGGGAUGGCAACAUCACGCGCGACGAGAUCGGGAAGGUGUAUGAGGCCAAAGGCGACUGCGCCAACGCAUUGGGGGUGCGGCAGCUAGGCAAGCGAAUCUGUGGCAAUGAGGCCUGCGAGGCGCUUGACUACGAAGAAGCGCCAGGACUGGAAGAGCCGCCACAAGCCGCUGUGUGA